GUUGGCAACAGGUACGUAAAUGGUAGUACCUACCUAGGUAUGGCGGGUCACUGUUAAUCGGCCUCCUGAAAACCACUCGGGAAGACCUUCAAGGCGUAGAGACAUUGACUUUCAGUUGCUCCAUAAGCUAACGAAUACCACUACGCUCGCAGAUGGACUCCGAAGAUGCUUAUGAUGCACAUCGGCAGGAAGACAUCUCCUGCAAAAAGCGACCGGAACCAGCGGACGACCGUCUUCGGCCCCAAGUACUGAAAAGCAAACUCGACUUUAAGAAGGCCCCUUACACGAAUGCAAAGAGUACGGAAGAGAAAUGGAGGAUGGUGUUUGGGAGGCUCUUCCCUGGCGAGGAAGUUCCCUCCCCUUACGACCAACAUGGCUUCACUUCGCGGCAGGAGCGGAUACUUAGCGAAGUCCUCGAAGACGAGUUGACUAGGGAGCUCGGACCGGCCUCAGGGAUUAGGAUACAUCGUAUCAAAACACAGACCCUUCAGGCCUUUAGGCGUAGGCUCAUGUCUAUAUCCUUGGAGAAUGAGGACACCGUGACGCGGAAGAGUAAGAGCAUGGAGAUCCCGGAGGACAACACCACGGUAACCCCAGAGACCGAGAACGACUAUACGCCUACAAGUAGCCAGGCGACUAUGAGUAGCGCCGAUAUGAAUAACGCGAGCCACACGAUAGCUGGCUUCGUGGAGUCGUUACCCAAAACCAGGCCGGCAAAUCCACAACGUUGCCACCCGUCACCUUCCGCAUGCAGCACCGAAGGCAUCCAGGAGUCUCUCUACGAAUCGUCCCCGACAAAUAUCUUUUGCUCUAGUACCUCGCUGCCGAGUUCAUACGCCACUGACCUCACGCGAAGCGAAGUUUAUGGCUCUACCGAGGACAUUCAGACGUGCAACUACCCACCAUCGCUACGGCGCUUCUUUCCGCAGAGGCGGCCCCAAAUUCCGCUCUCGAGGACACAAUCCUCCCACCUAUGGAGUCCCUCGGAUCCUAAAGGCAAUCCAACACAAUAUUCGGAUGGGGCGCUUAGCUUCUCUAAUGACAUGCAUACAAUAUUAGAAGAGCCGUUCCAGAUGAUGGAGUCAACAUCCUUGUUCGAAGAGAACGGUGAGGAAGAAUGGGCAUGGGACGCUUAUCCAGUAUCAAUGGAGGAAUCUGGCUCACGUUUGGAAUACAGCCCCGCGAAAGACCAGCGUAACGGUUACCAAUGACGAACGGGUAAUGGAUGAGGCAUUGAAGCGCUCCAGGGGGCGUUAUGCAAAUAGAUCAAUUCUCUCUACUGUGGCAUCCUACUACUUAUCCUGAUCUAUCUUACAAUGUGAUGAAAGGGCCUUCCUUCUCCAACGUCUGUCAUCG